UAGUUGUAGCUUUGACUAUUUGACACGUGACUGGGCAACAGUUUCUUACAUCAUGGGCUGCUGGAUUUGUGAAUACGCACUCCCCCUGAUGGUGAUAAUUUACUGCUAUAUUUUCAUCGUAAAAGCUGUCUGUGACCAUGAACGCCACCUUCGAGAACAAGCCAAAAAGAUGAAUGUGGCAUCUCUUCGAUCUAACGUGGAUACCCAAAAGGCGAGUGCUGAGAUGAGAAUAGCAAAGGUGGCGCUGGUGAACGUCCUUCUUUGGGUUGUCUCGUGGACGCCUUAUGCAGCUAUCGCCAUGAUUGGAAUCGCUGGAGACCAGAUGUUGAUCACACCUUUGAGGUCAGCACUUCCGGCCCUAGCAGGCAAGGCAGCUUCAGUUUACAAUCCAAUUGUCUACGCCAUAUCCCACCCUAAAUUCCGGUUAGCCAUGCAGAAGGAAAUCCCAUGUUGUUGCAUAAAUGAACCACAGCCACAGUCUGACACAUCGUCAGAAAUGUCAACGAAAACGUCUGUGGCUACCGUCAAUGGGGAAGAUAGCACUGCUGGAGGAACUACCAAUAAUUAAAACUAGAAUCGAGUUAUUCAUGUCUAUUUUGGUCAAAGUAGUAUAAAGUCUAGAAGUAUUCAAUGUAUAAUGGGACUGCAUAUUUUGCUAUAUUUGUAGAAUUAACUUAUAGUGCUUAUAUUUUCUUGGAAUUUUUCGAUUGACUUUCAAUAUUUUAAGUGAGAUUGUACGUGAAGAAAAAA